AUGGCGGGCAUAGAACAACUCGAGAUCCAUAGCAAGUCCUACAUUGUGCGAUGGGUCAAAGUCGAAGAAGGUCACACUAUCUCAUGGAGUUUGCAACCUCACAAGAAGUCAAUCAACUUCGGCAUCGUAAAGCAUCCCGGCUCCGGUCCGAACAAUCUAGCCUCCUCGGCCGCCAUUGACGAACUCAACAACACCUUCGAAAACCUCGAGGCCGGUGGGAAGGAUGUCAAGUCCGGCCGUGGAGGCUUCUCUAAAAAGGACUCCAGCACCGCGCAGGAGCAGUUGAGCAGCAAGGGUUUCAUACUUAUGCGGUGGCAUGGCAAGUGUGAGGCUGACAAGGUGUCCAUGGGGACGUACGACGUACCGCCUGGUCAAGGGGGCAUGUUUGGGCUCAUAUUCGACAACACGUUUUCCAAGACUACGGGAAAGACAGCCACCUUUGUUUUGUUGACUUUCCCGACUGGUCAACCACCACAGACUGCCCACCAUAUCCCGAACCUGGGAACGGGCCACCCAGUUGCGGCAGCCAGCAAAACGAGCCUCGGAAAGCCGAGCCCACGCAUCGGAGCCGCAGCAUCCGAGUCCGUAGACAGCCUCCAGAGCCAUGGAAAGAAUAGAUCUCAAUCUAUCGCCGGUCGAAGUGAAGCAGGAGUAGCGCCCUCGGCCGCGUAUCAUACCGGGAAUCUGCUCAAGAGACGGAGAAAGAAGGGCCAAGGCUUUGCGCGACGCUUCUUUUCGCUCGACUACUCAUCAUGCACCUUGUCGUACUACUAUAACCGCAACUCUUCUGCGCUUAGGGGUGCAAUUCCACUCAGUCUUGCAGCCAUCGCUGCGGACGAGAGACGACGAGAAAUCACCAUUGACUCUGGGGCUGAAGUGUGGCACCUGAGAGCUUCCAAUGCCAAGGACUUCAGCGAUUGGGCAAAGGCACUGGAGAAAGCCAGCCGGAUCGCACGUGGCUUAGAGUCAGAACCAGUUCCAGAGGGCGUUGUGGCGCGCAGCGAUACGCUACAGGUCAACACACAAGUGCCAAUGCGCACUGGGUACUCGCCCCAGGAAGAAGCUCGUGAAUGGGAGCAAGUCGAGAUCUUGGUGAGCCGUGUCGUAGGCUCUCGAGAUGCCCUCAGACGGCUUGUCAAGGAUAUCUCUACAAAGAGACAGAGCAGUGCCCGUCCCACAAGCUCAUAUCUCUCACCGGGGGGAACGCCCAAUGGUGAGGACGGCGAUGGUUACUUUCAGCAGCCCCAACAAGAUCAAAGGCGUUCUUUCUGGAGGCGAAAAUCUAGCGCGCCACCGAUGAGUCCGCAAGUUUUCCAAGCUGUACAAUCGUCUGCUCUGGCAGUACCUUCGCCUAGUGCCGCAUCUACGGCAGCUGACAACUCCAAGUCGGCGCAGGAAGAACGGAAUAUCCAAGAUCACUGUACCUCACUACUCAAUGAUCUCGACGCGGUUGUCUCGGAAUUCACCACCCUAGUUGCAAAGAGCAAGCGACGACGUACCCCGGCGCCCGGCUCCGCUGUGGCAUCCCGCAUGAGUUUCGAGUCUACUGCGUCAACAGAUGAGUUCUUUGAUGCCGAAGCAGGUGACACGGACACUAGAAACCAGGUCAUGGUCAUUGACCGCGAAGGCGAGGAAGACUCGCAGGGAUCCGAAGCGGAUGAAGCAUCGAUACACUCGUCCUCUUCCGUUUCCUCAGAGGCUGACGAUGAUGGCACUCUUGAUCCAGAGGGAGCAGCAGCGCUGUUCCCGGCGAAACCAAAGUCAUUGCACCCUCUACCUGUGGGUAUUGCUGUCGAGCGUCGAAAGACUAUCCCUCCUGCAACAGUCCCGCCUCCAUCUCUCAUUGCAUUUGCAAGGAAGAACGUGGGCAAAGACUUUAGCACAAUCAGUAUGCCCGUCUCUUCGAACGAGCCUAUCUCACUCCUCCAGCGUACAGCCGAGCAGUUGGAAUAUGCGCAGCUCCUAGACAUCGCAACACAACAAAAAUCGCCCAACGAGCGGCUGCUGCACGUUACUGCUUUUGCGGUAUCUCAACUUAGCGUGAACAGGGCUCGGGAACGCGCAAUUCGCAAGCCGUUCAACCCGCUACUGGGUGAAACGUUCGAGUUAUUGAGGACGGACAGCGAGGUGCCAGGAGGUUUCAGACUUAUCGUGGAAAAAGUAUCUCACCGACCCGUCAGGCUGGCAAUGCAUGCGGAUGCAGCCUUGUGGUCUUUCACUCAGACGCCUGCGCCCGGCCAAAAGUUCUGGGGUAAGAGUGCAGAGAUCACCACUGAGGGCAAGGUCCGCGUGGCAUUGAGAUUACCAGAUGGAACGGAUGAGCACUACUCGUGGUCACACCCAACCAUGUUUUUGAGGAAUGUUGUCAUGGGUGAGAAAUACGUCGAGCCGGUGGGCAAUAUGACCGUGACAAAUGAGUCGACCGGUGCCAAAGCGCAGAUCGAGUUCCGUGCCAAGGGCAUGUUUGGCGGCCGCGGCGAGGAUGUCCAGGCCGAUAUUAGCAGUGGCGAUGGCUCUCAGACUGGACUUGCAUUGACCGGCACUUGGACGGGUAGUCUGAAAGUCACUGAGAACGGCAAGGCACGCAAAGGCAAUGACAUCUGGAAGGUUGGGGACUUGGUUCCCAAUGCCGUAAAUACAUAUGGUAUGACGGCAUUUGCAGCCACGUUGAACGAGAUUACGGCCAUCGAGAAGGGACGCCUACCAGUAACUGAUACGAGAUUGCGUCCUGACCAGCGUCUCGCUGAGCAGGGUAAACUCGAUGAAGCUGAGGAGGAGAAGGUGAGGCUCGAAGAGGCGCAGAGAGCCCGGAGAAGAGAAUUAGAAGAGCGUGGAGAGCAAUACAAAGCCAAGUGGUUCUCCAAGGCCGCCGGUGAGGAGGACGGCGGCGAGGAGGUUUGGAAGAUGAAGACGGGCAAGGAUGGAUACUGGGAGACUAGAGAGCGAGGCUUCCAGGGAAUCGAGGAAAUCUUCUAG